GUAGUUGGAACAGAUAUUGUCCAAGUCUUUACCGCUGUAGUUUGGUCUUGAUAACACUAUUUGGAUUUUGUGAGGAGCUCUGGUGCAAUCAAGCCAAGGCUGGUCGUAUCCUCGUAUAUUUGUGCUGAGUGAGGUUGUCCAUGCAAUCCUCUUGGCUCUCUCGCCUCUGUGCCUAUGCACAGUGUUGGGUGGCAGGCAGGCGGACAGGCAGCGCAGCCUGUGCCAACACAGCUGCCUAUUGAGAGGCAGCGUGAUGGACACAAUGUGAGUGACAGACUUGCUGUAUCAACAGCUCCCCCUUUUCUGCUGUUGUGGCCAGAAAUAAACCAUAAAUACCCCCCUGCCCCUGCCCUUGAAUGGCUCAACCCCACCAACGACCAAGUGGCUUUGAAAAAGGACAACCCCACUUCUUAGCAGACAGACGCAGUGGAGGAGCAAUUGGAAGAAUGUCAGAACAGCAGGGUGCCCCGGAGCAGCUGGCUGCAGGAAAGAGCCAGGGUGGAGCCGGAGCCACAUACAAGGUGGUGCUGUUUGAAUUUGAGAACUUUCAGGGAAGCAAAGCUGAGUUCUCAGCAGAGUGUCAAGAUGUACUCGAGAAAGGCCUCCAGAAGGUUGCCUCGGUGAUAGUUGAAUGUGGGCCAUGGGUGGCUUAUGAUCGUCACGGCUUCACGGGGGAACAAUUUAUCCUGGAGAAAGGCCAGUACCCUCGCUGGGACACUUGGACCAACAGUCAGAACAGCUACUCCCUCUUGUCCCUAAGGCCACUCAAGUUGGAUAGUGCUGACCACAAGAUACACUUGUUUGAGAACCCUGGCUUUACAGGUAGAAAGCUGGAAAUUAUUGACGAUGACGUUCCCAGUUUGUGGGGCCACGGUUUUCAGGAUCGCGUAGCAAGUGUCAAAGCUCUCAAUGGAACAUGGGUUGGCUACAUGUACCCAGGCUACAGGGGGCGCCAGUUUAUCUUUGAACUAGGGGAUUUCAAGCACUGGAAUGACUGGCACGCCCCCGUGCCCCAGAUCCAGUCUGUCCGACGCGUGCGGGACAUGCAGUGGCACAAGACGGGCUGCUUCUCUGCUGUAGAUCCGGCUCCAGCUCCCACUCCGGACCCUGACCCUGCUCCAGCACCACCUGUUCCUUCUACCAAAGGUGGAUCCAGCUGAGCGGGAUCCUAACCUGCCUCUCCCAAGCGCCACACAGAGCCCUGUCUCUGCCCUCACUAACCUUGACAAAUGCUGCUUAUGCCCACAGGAGUGCCAUAUAUAUUUCCGUGGCCAAUAAAAGUCGACUUGCAAUUGGUGGUUGUUAAUAAUGCUCAUGUAAUUAGUCAGAAAUGUCAUGUAAACACUGUAGAAAAGUCACUAGAGGUGAAAAAUCUUCCUGUAUGUGAAACUAUUCCAGUCUACCACUUUACCGUAGCAUAAAGAGGCCACAAUGUAUUGUUAGUGUGUGAUUAGUAUUUAGUCAUAAGCAUGGAAACUAUAUCAAAAUGUAUGUAAGCUUGCUAUUAAAAUAUAGUGCACCACA